AUGGCUCCUAGAGGCUCGCGUGGAGGUACGAGAGGUGCAAGAGGCGCACGAGCGGGCCGAGGCGGUCACGGCGCAUCUUCAGCAGCAGCAGCGUCAGUGAGUCAAGACGAUGGCCCAGCACCAGUCGCGCCAGAUGGCGACGUCGUCAUUCAAGAUGCGCCCGCUGCGCCUGCUGCGCCUGCUGCGCCGGUUGCGCCGGUUGCGAAUAUGAACGAGCCACAAGCCGAUCGCCCUGCAACAAUCGAUUCGACACCAUCUCGGACCGAGUCCGCAACUCCUGCUUCAUCCGCAAGGGGCGUUGGGCGAUUCAGACCAAAAAACGUCAGAAGAGAUGCGUCGGAGCGACAAAGACUUGAGGAGGAGCGGAGGCGCGACCUGUCUAUCAAGAUCAAGGUCGAGGAGAAAGAGCAGCGCGAUGCCGAGCGCAGAGCACGAAGAGGCAGAGGUAGAGGGGCAGGAGAUUCGUCUCGUGGUGGCAUGAUCAGACGGACUGUGGUAGGCACUGGCCUGCUAUCGGGGGUCCCAGCAGAGAGUGUCAGACAGGGUGGCGGAAGCAGCGGCGUCAGUGGAUGGCGUUCGUCUUACAAGUCGGGUGCGAAGUCAGAAUACGGCCCCAGGUACCACGACAGAAAAGCCAACGAGAACCGAGUCAACAUCGAUGCAAUCAGAGAGAACGCUGAACCUUCAGAUGCGGGUUCUGGUAGUCGAAGGUCUCCUGGAAACCUGCCUGUGGGUAUCCUUAGACAUGAGUACAAAGAGGAGGAUGUUAAGGUAGCUACCAGUGCUGAGCUCGAGGCCGAGGAGCAGGAAGACGACGACAAUCUGUUUGUGGAUAAUCUGACUAGGAAUCUGACUAGCAUCGGCAUGGCGGACGACAAUGCCGUAUGGCAUGCCGCUCCAGCACAUCUCAAGGAGCCAAAUGUCAAGGAGCCUGCCAUUAAACUUGAGCCUGGUAUGGAGGGAGACGUUAUGGACCUUGACGACAGUCCCGCCGUACCCAAAACACCCCUUUCUCCGGAGCUGAAGAAGCCUGAAAUUGACGAUGCCGACAUGGAUGGGGAGAAUGAGGUGGACGCCAAAGAAAAAGCAUUGGAGAAGAAGCGAGAAAGAGCUUUACAGGACCCCGAACUUCAAGCCAUGGCAAACGACACGAGAGCACUGCUUGAAGAAUUCGACCUCGACCAAAAGGACGGCCGGCUGUACCUGUUCCAGUUCCCACCUAUUCUUCCACCUCUUCAGAACCUUGAUAGCGAAGGCAACGUAGUGGACCUCGUGGACAAUAACGCUGUUGUGGGGCCGAAGGUCAAGAGGGAACCCAAUACCGCGGGUCCUCAGUUGACAUCAGACGCAAUGCCGGCUGCUGGUGGAUUUAUCGGUAAGCUGAACGUUCGCAAAUCGGGUAAAGUCGAACUGGAUUGGGGCGGUCGCAUUCUAGACCUCGGCAUAGCGACACCGACGGAUUUCCUCACAUCAACUGUCAUCAUUGAUGAACAAGAGAACGAUCUUGCUUCGGGAGUGGGCAAAGCUACAGGCAUGGGCAAUGUCUACAGCAAGUUCGUUUUGACACCUAUCUUCAAUGAGGAGGAAGACUGGGAACCAAAUCUCGACGGACUCUACCUCGGACCUUAA